AUGGGCGUUGCGUACGCGAUCGUGAGCGGCAAGGGCCGUCUGGGCGCUCUGGUGCACCAGAAGACCGCUACUUGCGUGUGUCUGACGGGAGUGAACCCUGAAGACGAGGCGGCGCUGAACUCGCUGCAGGAGAGCUUCACCACCAAGUACGCCGAGAACAAGAAGUGGGGUGGCGGUAUCAUGGGACUGAAGACUCAGCGCAAGCUGAGCAUUCGUGCCGCUGCCAUUGCUGCUGAGAAGGCCAAGAGAGCUUCUCUCUAAGCUGAUUGUGAGGCUACAUGAAGAAAGAAAGGAAGAAAGGAAGGGUGGAAUCGUCAUUGGUGAA